AUGAAAGAAAUUAGAGAAGUUUGGGGUUCCAAUGUUGAUUCAGAGCUACAAUUCUUCAAUCAGUGUUUAGAGCAAUUUAAUUUCCUAUCUUUCGACACUGAGUUUCCGGGUUUUCUUCGAAACACUCCCCGGGAUGUGCCUGAGUCUCUGUGCUACAGUGAUUUGAAGUUUAAUGUCGAUUUGAUGAAGAUCAUCCAAUUGGGCAUCACACUUUCAGAUGGCAAGGAGAAUAUAUGUUUCACAUGGGAGUUUAAUUUUAGUGAUUUUGAUUUGGAGAAAGAUGCACAUGUCGAAGAAUCGAUUGAUCUUUUGAAGAAGUCUGGAAUCAAUUUUGAAAAGAUCAGGAAGGAUGGGGUAUCAAGGGAAGUUUUUGUGCCCAAAUUUUUGCGUAUCUUGUCACGACAUAGAAAUAUAAAGUGGGUCACUUUCCAUGGCCUCUAUGAUUUGGCCUAUGUUUUGAAACUGUUAUUGAACAAACCUAUGCCAAGAUCUUUAUUCGAGUUUGUGGAAGUGGCAUCCAUGGUAUUCGGGUGUGUGUUCGAUAUAAAAUUCAUGGCGAAACAUUGUAAUGGGUUACUGGGUGGUGAGAUUGGAUUGAAUAGAGUGGCGAAAAUAUUAGGCGUCGAGAGAAAAGGUACAACUCACAAUGCUGGUUCUGAUAGUCUCCUCACUGCCACUGUUUUUGAAAGAAUGAAGAUGAUGUCUGGGUUUCAAGAAGAAGUUUAUAGUGGAUGUUUAUACGGCAUCAGUACUCGUAUUGGAAGACGUAUGAAAAUGGUCCUUCAUUGCUAUUCUCCAUGGAUGAUUUUAGCUCCGGCCAGGCCUCCUCCUGCAGCCAUCUUUCGUGUAAGACCAGUUAUUUGUGCCGUGCCAAUUAUUUGUCCUGUACCGUGA